AAAUUGUUUCUUUUAAAACUCUUUCUGUGUCGUUUUUAAAUUUUUAUCAAGAAUUUGAUUUUGAUUGAUAUGGCUGAACCAGAAAUAGUUGAGGAUUUUUACGGUGUCUACCUCCUUUACAAUAUUAAUCCAAAAUAUAAAGGUCGUACAUACGUAGGGUACACUCGAGACCCUAACAGGAGAAUAAUGCAACAUAACAGGGGCACCUGGGCUGGCGGUGCUCAUAGGACUAGUAAUAGGGGGCCGUGGAAAAUGGUAUUGAUAGUCCAUGGAUUUCCAAAUAACAUUUCUGCAUUAAGAUUUGAGUGGGCAUGGCAAAAUCCAAGUAAAACAACAAGACUGCAACACCUAAAUUUAAAGAAAAUACCUAGAAAAGAAACGGAGUUUCAGUUCAAACUUCGAGUGCUUAGUGAGAUGCUGAGAGUUGGGCCAUGGAAUAGGCUACCAUUGAUGAUAAGAUGGCUGGAAAAUGAGUACAGAGUUGAAUUUCCUCCGGAAAGAAAACCGCCGGACCACAUGCCAGUAAUACAAGGCCCAGUUAAGAGCUACAACCAUAAGAAACUAACAAACAUUACCUCCAUUCCCACCAUUGAGUGCCUAUUGUGUUCCGGAUACUUGAAAGAAACAGAAAAACUAAGUUGUAUGAACGUUAACUGUGAUCUAGUAUCACAUAUAAACUGUUUAGCAAACCUUUUUCUUUCACCUGGUGAAUAUGUACCGAUACACGGCACCUGCCCAUUUUGCAAUACAAAAUUGAAAUGGGGUGAUCUGAUACGAAGAAUGAAUGGAUACGAUCUAGGUGUCAAAGGUGAUCAAACAGGUGACGGUGAUGAAGUAGGUGAAGAAAUUUAUACACAAAAUAAAGGUUUUGAAAAUGUUGACGACGAUGCAGACGUAGUUUGUACACAGGAUGAAUUAAUAAAUAAUUAUGAUAAUGCUGAGAAUUUAGUUGUUACACAGAACCGAAUGUUUAUUGAUAAUUUUGAUGAUGAUGAUGAUGAUAUAGUUUGUACACAGGAUUUUGGUGAAAAGAAUGAAGACAUUAGUACACAAGAUGGAAAAUUUGAGAAUUUCGACGAUGAUGACGAUUUAGUAUGCACACAAAAUAAUGUACUGAAUAAUUAUAUUGAUAACCAAGAAACUGAUAACGUAAUUUGUACUCAAAAUGAAAUUAAGAUUUUUAGUAAAAAUGAUGAUCCUGAGGAUAGUGAUGAUGACGUACUUUUUAAAUGCGAUAAAGUUUACGACGAUCAACCUUCUUGGUUUCUUGAUUGUCAUGAAAAUUUAUGACGAACAUCUCAUUUUGGUAUCUGCUUGGAAUUAGUAAUCUUACGUAUAUUUACGUGAUAAUAAGUAAUUAUCCCGAAUUCCAAUUCUUUCCAAUUCAGUUAUAAUAACUAUAUAAUAAUGCAUUCGUUUUGAUAACGCGCAGUGUGAUGUGUGUAUACACAAAAUGGAGGUUUUGAAAAUGUUGACGACGAUGCUGACGUACGAGUAGUUUGUACACAGGAUAGAUUAAUAAAUAAUUAUGAUAAUGCUGAGAAUUUAGUUGUUACACAGAUAGGAAUGUUUAUUGAUAAUUUUGAUGAUGAUGAUGAUGAUUUAGUUUGUACACAUGAUUUUGGUGAAAAGAAUGAAGACAUUAGUACACAAGAUGGAAAAUUUGAGAAUUUCGACGAUGAUGACGAUUUAGUAUGCACACAAAAUAAUGUACUGAAUAAUUAUAUUGAUAACCAAGAAACUGAUAACGUAAUUUGUACUCAAAAUGAAAUUAAGAUUUUUAGUAAAAAUGAUGAUCCUGAGGAUAGUGAUGAUGACGUACUUUUUAAACGCGAUAAAGUUUACGACGAUCAACCUUCUUGGUUUCUUGAUUGUCAUGAAAAUUUAUGAUGAACAUCUAAUUUUGGUAUCUGCUUGGAAUUAUGAAGUAAUCUUACGUAAAUUUACGUGAUAAUAAGUAAUUAUUCCGAAUUCCAAUUCAUACAUCAGUUAUAAUAACGCAUAGUGCGUUUUGGUAACGCGCAGGAGUUUGGUAACGGCGUAAUGAUAUUGGUCAUAUUAUGUUAAAGAUUCCUGUUCAAAAAGAGAUCUGCAAUGAUAUUGAAAAAUUUUUAGAUGUAUAAAAUUCUAGAUAACUAACUAAGCUAGUGUAAAUUCCUAGGGGGAGGUUUUUAUCUACAACUAUUUUGUAAUCAGAAACUGAAAUCAAUAGUUAAAAGGCACAAGAUGGAAUAGUUCUAUAUUUUAUUAACCGCUAAAAAAAGCUAUUUAAAUAGCUUUUUUUAGUGGUUGACUUCGAAACUCUUUUUGAACAGACUUCGAAUAAACUGUUGAUUUUAAUAAGUGACUCGUCUAAAGUGAAAAAGAGAAUAUGUAAAUUUUAAGUAAUUUGUAGUGUAGUUAAGUUGAUCUUACUAUUGAAUGCUGAAUGAAACCAAUAAAAUAUUUUUACAUA